AUGCGCCACACCUUCUGCCGCACCGUCGCUCUCUGCGCGGCGCUGCCCUUGCUCCACCUCGUACCAGCUGUCGUGGCUCCUCGCACCCCUCCCGUCGAGUCUGCCUUCCAGGCUAUCGGUGACCAUCUCCUCGGCGGCGAAGAUGAAGCUGCUGCCCACGCGAUCGAUACGAGCGGGAUGGAGCAAGAGCUCUGGCAACUCAUUCGGGGUAAUGACGCCCCCGCCGCCGCUUCCCACGCCAACUACCAGCUGAACCACCCCGACGCCCUUUACGGCCAGGGCGGCCACCAAGUCCCUCCGUUCUACCAGCACGACCACCAGGCCGCUCCGAGCUACCAGCACGACUAUCCUUACGCCGCCGACCAUGGCGCCAGCUUCUACCACCAUGCCGGUCAGGAGAUGGACUACGGCCACCCGCAGCCGGGUCACGGCUACCAGACAGGAACAGGCUAUGGCCAUCACCAGGCGCCGGAGCAUCCCCUCUCGAUCUACGACUAUGCCGACCUCCCCGAAGGCGUUGUGACCUCGGAACAUGCCCAUCUGGCCAUAUUGCCAGACACGUCGGGCCAACAGCCAAAGACAGUCGGAAGCACGGUCAUCGAGCGCGUCAAAAAUGUCACCCCGACGCCUCCCGUCCCCAAGGACAUCAUCGAGGAACCUGCUUUCGAGACCGCCAAGGUCAACCGGGCACUGCGUACUUCCACUCGAGUCGAGCACAUGCAACGCAUCAUGCUCGCGCCGCCCGAACUGCAGGGCGUGUACCUGCGACACUACAGAGAGCACCUGCUCGCCACCUUCCCCGGCGAGCUGGUCGAUCGCAUCCACUUUGUCCGCAACGCCGACCUCGUGUUUCCUGCCAAUCUGGCCCAGACGUUCAAACGCGCACGCUACUUUUACUUUAAGAAGGAGAAGGGCGACUUCCGGAUCUUUCCGUUCCGCUACGCCUUUGGCCGCAUCGAGGAGCCGCUGCAUCUCCAGGACUACGUGGUCAACGCCGUCGUGGAUCCCGCCCGCACCGAGGGCGACUUCUGCCUCGCCUCGGUCAUCGCCCAGCACCACGACUUUGCGAGCAAGGACAAGUACUCGUCCGAGUAUCGCAGGUUCUACCUCGGCGAGCUGCGCAUCCCCAAGCAGCUGCUUGGACCGUAUGCGAAGGACUUGUAG